GCCGGCAACACCACAAGCGAUACGAAAAAGUUCAGCCACCAGAUACAAGCUUUUAACGCAGAUGAAGCGGCGGCGGUGGCUAACAGCCUUGAAUUAAGAGUCCGCCUCGGAAGCCAAGAGCAGGUCAUCAAUGCAUCCAUGCAUCUAUGUCCUACCUGGGCGAUUAUCGGGGGAUGCUCUUGCUCACUCUUCCUCUCUGUCAUGUCUACUGCUCCUGUUCCCCUGGACCCGCGACUGUGGGCUCCCAGAGCCCUCCGUGUCGCUGAAGAUCAGGAUGAAUGGAGGAGGCUACCCUCUGUAUGGGCCAACAAACGCUUCCCUGUCACUGAAAUACGGGAGGACCGGCGUCGCUGGGUGCAGGACUGGGACGAGGGCAUCGCCAGCCUCUACCACACACAAGAGCCAGAACGUGGCGCCGUCGUCGUCUUUCGCAGUACUAUGUGCGGAUUGCGAGCCGUUGGUGGUCGGCGCAAGAAGGUGGACCGAGACUGCUACCGGCGCCUCCGGCUCGUGCGAGAGGAGACAGACAGGAUGUACGAGAAGAUGCCGGCCGCUCUCAGGAUUAGGAUUGCAGUGGAUCCCAGCCAGCGAAUCGAGGGCUGCGACGAGCGCGAGUACUUCAGGCUCGUGAGCACUGAGUCUCGAAGGGAUGUCGUCGACGAAGGGUUUGAGGAGGCAUGCUGUCGCUCGGGGAUCGGACAGGACGCAGCGCAUGCUAAAAGGGGUCAGGGGUUGUUCGAUCUUUAUACGCGCUGUCUCAAAGCGAUCGACCAUGGCGGCCGCGAGAAUUUCGAUGCAGCCAUCGUCCGGAACGAUUGGUGGACGAGCGCCUUUGGCGACGGGAAGGUUAUCGACAGGAAACCUGAGAAGCUGAAACCCGACCCCGAGAACGUGUCCAGGAUGGAUGACCAGCGCUCCCUGUGGGCCAACACGUUCUUUCCUAUCACCGAUAUCAGCACGGACCGCCGACAAUGGAUGCGCGACUGGGACAGAGCCGUCAUCGAUUUCUGCACGGACGAGCCGGAGGAGGACCACGAGGGCAGUCCCGUCGUCUUCGGGAUGAGCUUUUGGAAGAUGGACAUCCAGAAGGGCAAGAAGCUCAGUCAACGCGACCACCAUCGCCUCCGCAGUCUCCAAGCGGACUGCAAAGAACGGUUCCAGGAGCUCAUGAGCAUGCUCAAGAGAGAGGACGGGAAAGCGGGGAAGCGACAUUGGAGUGCGUGGUUUGGGCUUGUCGGCUGGGAAACGCGGAGGGAUGUCAUGUGCGAUGGCUUCGAGGGGGCUUGCCGGAAGUCGUGUUUUGGACAAGAUGCACGGAUGCUCUGCCCCGAGCUGAAUUCUUAUGAGAUGCUGUGGCGACGAGGAGAAGGUUUUUUCGACUUUAUCGAUGAAUGCCUGGAGCUGUGGGAUGCAGGAGGCAUGGCAAAGUUCGACGAGGUGAUAGUACGUAACGAGUGGUGGGGAAAGGCGUACGCGGACAAGAGGGUUGUCCAGGAGACCCCGGAGAUAAGAAAGUGGUGUUAUGAAGUCAUGACCUCCGUUCGACACCUGUUCAUCCUCAACUUCAUUACCCAUACCCUCGUGUGUCUGGACAAGCAGUGUCAGAGUCUCCCGCCCGACCUCCCUGACGACUACUUGGUUGCUUACAGGGUGCUACAGAACCUUGGUCCAGCUGGUGCCCAGGAGCUAUUGGACGAGAAGAGAGACUGGAACAGCCGCUCCAUGCUUGUCUGUGAAAACUGCGAACGCCUCUCGGAUGAUCCCAUGACGAAAUUCAUGGCGUGUAAGAAGUGUAAGCAGAAACUCAACUUCGAGGUCCGAUAUUGCUCGAAAGAGUGCCAAAAAGCGGACUGGCCCAAACACAAGGUACACUGUGGCAAGAAAAAGUCAAUAGCUUCGCUGUUCCAGGAGAAGAUGGUCGAAAAGGGACUCACUGAAUAUGUCCUCUUCAGCCGGUGCGCGCUUGCUGUGGCUUAUAACGCGUCAUUCGCAGAUGAAAACAAGAGCGAGAUCUUCUUUGACAAUCUCGAAAAUGUAUUGGAAGAUGCUCAUAAGCCUGGUCUUGACGUUAUUGCUAAAUGCCUUGUCGACGCUGUGGACAAGGCUCACUCUGGUAUUACCAGACAAGACAUUAUUCUUCAGUUGACUGAGGAGUACGAGGUUGACGUGGGGUCUUUGCUCGAGCAAAUCGAGACCAAGCUAAGUAUGGAGGGCGACGAAGGACGGUACAGAGGAAUGGAAAUUGAAGAGUACACGGAAUGGGCCUCUUCUGACUCUGAAUCAAGCUCUUCAAGCUGGGUCACAGAAGAGUCGUGAUGUUGGCGGUUUCCUUGUUGAUGUACCUUAUGUCCUACGAUGUGUAUUUUUCAGGACAAUUUUGCAGGCUUGUUCGCGCUUUGAACUCCAAUAAAC